AUGCCAUCGGCACUUGUCUUGGGCGCAACAGGUCUUGUGGGAUCGCAUAUUCUAUCGACCUUGAAGUCGCUGUCGCCGUCCUUCUUCUCGAGCAUUGAGAUCGUCGCGCGCCGCUCUCCUCCCGCUAACUCGGACGCCGGGGCCCCGGUUCAAGAAUUCAUCGACAAGGAUACCACUAAAUGGGUGUCGCAUGUUUCCUCGUUGUCUCCCGCGCCGUCGGUCCUGUUCUCCGCGCUCGCGACCACUCGCGCCGCAGCUGGGAGUUUUGAGAACCAGUACAAGCUCGAGCAUGACCUGAACAUCGAGCUUGCCAAGGCUGCCAAAGAAGCAGGCACCAAAACCUACGUGUUGAUCUCGGCUGCUGGCGCAAAUCCGCACGCCUAUCUCGCCUACCCUAAGAUGAAGGGCGAGAUUGAAGAGCACGUCAAGGAGUUGGGAUUUGAACAUACCAUCAUAAUACGUCCGGGCCUGAUUGUGGGCAAGCGUGAAGAGAGCCGUUUUGUUGAAGGCAUCUUCCGUACAGUUGCUACGGGACUAGGCCACGUUCACAGCUACUUGAAGGACACUUGGGCCCAAGACGCCGAUGCCAUCGCAAAGGCUGCUGUUUCCGCCGCCAUCAAGGCUGAAAAAGGCGAGGUCAAAGACAAAGUUUGGAUCAUCGGACAGAAGGACAUUGUUCGACUUGGAUUGCAUGAAUGGAAAUCAUCUUGA